GAACUUGAAGCUAACAUUGAGGAAGAAUUAGAGUGAAUGCAACAGCCUCGAAGCUAGUUCAAACUAGUGGGAGGUUGUCUGCAAGGGUUAAACACCUGGCAGAUUCUUCAUAUCGUAGAGAGAAAUAGUGUGAGAAUUGUGAGAUAUUCAUAGUUUUUGUAAUUUUAAGAUCGAUUAAGCAUGGUGCGUGGAAAGAUUCAGAUGAAGCGAAUAGAGAAUUCAGUGCAUCGACAGGUGACUUUUUGUAAGCGGCGAGCAGGGUUUUUGAAGAAGGCCAAGGAGCUUUCAGUCCUGUGUGAUGCUGAAAUUGGUGUCUUUAUUUUUUCAGCUCAUGGAAAGCUCUAUGACCUUGCUACUAAAGGAACCAUGCAAGGGCUUGUGGACAAGUAUUUGAGUUCUACCCAAGGAGCUGAUCCUCAAGUUAAGGAUCACCAAGCCACCCAAAAACAAGUUCAGGAAACUAAAAUGGAGAUUGAUGUGCUGAAAAAUGAUAUUGAAAUACUGCAGAAAAGCCUCAGGUAUAUGUCUGGAGGGGGAACAGGAAAAAUGACAAUGGAUGAACUGCAAAUGCUUGAAAAGAAUCUUGAAGUAUGGAUAGACCAUAUCAGAUCUGUAAAGAUGGAUAUCAUGGUUCAAGAAAUCCAGCUGCUGAAGAAUAAGGAGGAAAUCCUCAGAGCUGCAAAUCAUUAUCUCAAUGACAAGAUGAUCAAUCAGUAUGGGUUUACAGACAUGGAUGCUUCAGUGAUGAAUAAUAUAGCUUAUCCGCUGACAGUACAGAGCGAGACAUAUCAGUUCUGACAUACAGAUUAUACAGACUCUGUAAUAUCUGUAAGGUUGUAUAAAAUAAAAUCAGCCUAAUAUUAUGUUCAGUGGCUACUUUCGAAAAUUCAGGCCUUGUAAACCGAAGCAUCAUUUCAGUCUUCCUGUACAUACAGUAUAUUUCGAAUGAGAUGCAUCUACAUUGUAUAGUUAUUAAA